GGCCCUGGAGGGGGUGGCGGACUGUAGAAGACAGAGAGCCCCCUCACUCCUCUCUGCGGCUGUAGCAGCGGUAACUAAGGUCACCACCCAGCGGGACCAUGUCGGACAAGCGGCCUGUGGCGACCGACGCAAAAGGCCGGCGGCUGCCGGACACCUUCAGUGAAAGCCCCAGUAAGGGCCUUGGUUGCUGUGGAUGGAUUCUAGUGAUUAUAUCCUUCAUCUUCAGUUAUUACCUUCCCAUUCUCAAUUUGGAUGUGCAUAAAGAUCAUAAAGGAAUAUGAAAGAGCCAUCAUCUUCAGAUUGGGUCGAAUUUUGCAGGGAGGAGCCAAAGGGCCAGGGCUCUUCUUUAUCUUGCCCUGCACUGACAGCUUUAUCAAAGUGGACAUGAGGACCAUUUCAUUCGAUAUUCCUCCUCAAGAGAUUCUCACCAAGGAUUCUGUGACUGUCAGUGUGGAUGGAGUGGUUUAUUACCGUGUCCAGAAUGCCACCCUGGCCGUGGCCAACAUCACCAAUGCGGACUCGGCCACGCGCCUCCUGGCACAGACAACCCUGAGGAAUGUCCUUGGCACCAAAAAUCUCUCUCAGAUCCUCUCUGACCGGGAGGAGAUUGCCCAUAACAUGCAGGCCACCCUGGAUGACGCCACUGAUGACUGGGGGAUAAAGGUGGAGCGCGUGGAGAUUAAGGAUGUGAAGUUACCUGUGCAGCUGCAGAGAGCCAUGGCCGCCGAGGCUGAGGCUUCCCGGGAGGCCCGCGCCAAGGUCAUUGCUGCUGAAGGGGAGAUGAAUGCUUCUCGGGCCUUGAAAGAAGCAUCCAUGGUCAUCACCGAGUCCCCCGCCGCUCUCCAGCUACGCUACCUGCAGACCCUGACAACCAUUGCUGCGGAGAAAAACUCAACCAUUGUCUUUCCGCUGCCCAUAGACAUGCUCCAGGGUAUUGUGGGGGCAAAGCACUAGGCUAGCUUAAAGCCGAGCUGUCCAGAAGGAAGGCUGAGCUGGGGACUCAAAGUAGCCUCUAGCCUGUAAAGAGUGAAUGAGGUGAAGGAGAUUUCCCCACUUCCUCCUCCUUCCUCUUCUGCUUUCUGUCUUGUUAUGCUGAGUUUGACAUGCUUAGAUUAUCUAGUGAUCAUAAGAACAAGCCAAUGAGUAGUUAGCUUUGGUAACUUGAAAGAGAUAAGACAGCUGGAUGAUUUAUGGUAUCUUACACUUUUCAUGCUUCUUGAUAAUCCUUUUGUAGCUCAAAUACUUCUUUUGGUUGAGUUGGCCCAUUGCUCAUCUUGGCAGCCCAGGGAAAGGGCAAGUACUGACUGAUCUUCCAGUCACUCUCCCCCCUUCCCCUUACCACAUUUACUCAGUCUAGAAAGUGGUCUCAGCAUGUAAUAAAAUUCAGAGUAUUAGAACCUGAAACAGUAGAGCUGAAAGGGACCUUUAGAGAUCCUGAGUGUGUCGGACCAAAUGAUCUUUAAGGCACCUGCUAGUUCCAGGUCUACAAUCUAGUUCAGCCCCUUUAUUUUACAUGGGAAGAAAUUGAGGCCCAGAAAGAAGAAAAGGUGUUCCUAAAGCCACACAGCAAAGGAGUAGCAAAGCCACUGGGAUCCUCGGUCUCUUGACAGCAGGCUGGGGUCCUUUCUGCCUCCUGCUGUGAGAGAGGGCUUGAUUCCAAACCCUACACUAGUUGUCUUACUGCUUUCUCUGCAAAGGACCAUGUCUGUGGUCCCUUUUCCCAACCUCCCUUGUUCCUUACAAACACAAACCAUCUUUUGAACUCGGUCCCCUUUCUUGAAGGAGGCCUCUUGCUUCUUCAGCAUGGAGAAGGACUAGAGCAUUUAGCCCCUGCCCUUGGUACUAGAGAUGGCUGUAUUCUGCUGCCCUGCAAGAUGUCACUGGCCUCUCAUUGCCAUGGCUGCAGCCUGGGUAGUCAUGGAGAUGAUAUCAUCAGAGCCCCAUUUAUGCCAUUCAGAAAGAUUAAGCUAACCUUUCUAAACCUCUCAAAGCCUUUUACGGAUCUGCCAUCAUUUCUAUCCUUUUCAAAAUGAAGUUUGUUUUUGGUUGGGUUUUUUUUUUAAUUGAUCUGAGCCUCUUUGGUGAAUGAGCAAUGUGUUGGCCUUCUUACAAAGCAGCUGAAGCCCCUUCCCAGAAGUGCUUUAUUAUCUCAGACUUGCCUAUCUUCAAGCAUCAGGUUUAAAAUAGUUUUUGUAUUGUGACUUUUUUAAAUGAACCUUUCUCUUAACUUCUCUAAGCCAAUUUUUGUGGAUCUCUUUCUGAACCUUUAGAACUCAAUGUGGUUGUCUUUUGAAAAAAAGUUACAGGAAGACAAUGUACUUUACAGACAUCAUGAUUCAUAUUAUAUAUAUCCCAGUGAAGUGUCCUUGGUUUAUAAGUACUUAUGGAACAGUUUCCCUUACCUAUUAUAAGAGUAUGCUGAGGGUUCUGUGGAUGGGAGCAGCCUCAGGGUUAAAGGGGGAGGCCCAGGAAACAACUCCCAGAAAUUAGAUGUUUAAAAUUUGUAAAUGAAAACUUCAAUUCCAUUUCAGGCUGGCUCUUCACCUUUUUCCCCAUCAUGCAUUUCACCCUGAAAAAAGAGUCUAUUUCACACCUCUGUGAGGUUUGGGCCCAACCUGAAAACAUUCUGGAAUAGAGGGUUUUUUACAGUUUUCUGUGGUUCCAAUUCUCCAGUUUAGAUGUAGUCAUUUAUUCCCCUUUUUAAUUUGCCAUCAUUUUUUUUCUUUCUUCCAGUUAAAGACUUUUAAAAUUUUUUCUUUGUGAGUCUCUGGGCUUUUUUCUUUUUUAAAUAUAGAUUAUAAAAUUCAUAGAUAUAUUUUUUUAAUUUAAAGUUUUUAUUUUUUUGUUAAUCCAAUUCUAAAAAAGCUUUCCUACCCUUCCCCAUCCCCCCAUCUCUCACCCUUUAAACUGGUCUGUUGACCAAGGAAACUAUAUGUGCUAUUUCUCUGUCUCACAUUUGUAGAAUUUACUGUUUUCCCUGGUUACUUUAAAUCUAGGUCCCAAGCUGCCUUUCCUUGUCUGUUUUAGAGAUAGCAAGAGCAAUAGCUUUGGGUGGAAUAUCUUGUUAGGGAUUGGCCUGUGGAAGCUGAAGAUGAAGGAUUCUCUCAAGGGAGCCUUAAUAAAUUGUUGUGUGCCUCUUU